AUGACCAUUCCGUGGCUGGACUUGACAAUUUUUAGAUAUACUAUUGAGAAAAGAAUCCUGCACCCUAGUGAAAAGAAACCUGUCAGUAAUGAACACAAUAUCCAAGAUCUUCUUCUACGGCUUGAAAGAGUCAACCAGAUCUACAAUCUAGAUUGCCCAGGUAUGCUCAUGAAAAUAAAAGCCUACGCCUCCGUCCACCCCCAGCCAGGCACUACUAGGGCAAUGUGA